CGUUAUAUGCGUAUAUGUCGGCGGCAACCGCUGGUCGUCGAGCCCACCCAACAGUCUCAACUACAAGCCCUCCACCCUCCUCUCCUUCCCUGAUUAAUUUCUUAUCUAAAACCUAAUUUUUCCUACGCGGCAGAUCCAAUCUCCGGUUUCCUUGCUAAUGGCUACCAAUGGGAGUUCCACGAUGGUAGAAGGCACCGAAAGCAGCUUGGAGAGGAUCAAGCGGCAGCUGACGUCAGGAUCGGGGAGGUGCUUGCUGCAGGGCCCGCUUCUUAAGCGAUCCGAGACGUUAAGAAAAUGGAAUGAGCGAUGGGUUAUACUGGAUCCAACAACUGGAAAGAUGGAAUACAAGACUCGGAGAAAUGAAGCAGUUGUCAGGGGCACUAUUGUUUUUGAUUCAAACAGCACAAUCACCAUGUCUCCUAUAAAUUUUCAUGGGUUGCCAAAGUAUGAUGGUUGCUGUUUCUACAUUGCAACUCCUCAGAAGAAGGACUAUUUCCUUUGUGCUGAGACACCUGGUGCUGCAAAAGCUUGGGUAUCCACUUUACAUGCAACCCAGCUGGUGCUGCGAGCUCAUCGAGAUGCAGUAAAUAACUUGACUGGGAAUGGAUCCACAAAGUUUGGUACAGUUGCUACUGUGGUAGCUGCUGCUAACUCAACUGCAAUGGAAGCAUCAAAAGAAAUUGAAGCAGCAAUGAAAAUCUCGAUGAGAGCAGCUUUGGGCUUGGUGACUAAUAAGCCCAAUGAAGAUUACCUUGAUGAUCUUACUGUCAUGAAGGAAACCUUAAGGGUGAAAGAUGAGGAAUUACAGCAGCUAGCUAAGAAUAUUCGGGCUAGAGAUUCCACAAUAAAAGAGAUUGCAGAUAAGCUGACAGAGACUGCUGAAGCUGCUGAAGCUGCUGCUUCUGCUGCUCGUGCAAUGGAUGAGGCGAGAAGAAUUGCAUGUGAGGAAAUUCAACACUUAACCAAGGAUGCAGAGAAGAAUCUUGAGAUAUCACAACUUAAGUUAAGUGAAUUAGAGGAAAAGGUGUUGGUGCUCAGCAAAGAGAAAGAAAUGUUACUUAAACAGAGAGACUCUGCACUACAGGAGGGAAACCUAUGGCGUUCAGAGCUUGCAAAAGCUAGAGAACAAGCGGUUAUGUUAGAAGCAGCAGUGGUCAGAGCUGAAGAAAGGGCUAAAGUUAUAGAAGCUAAUGCUGAGGAUAAGAUAAAGGAUGCUUCAGAAAAAGCAGUUGCUGCUGUAAGGGAAAAAGAGGAUCUCCUUGCACUUAUGACUCUUUUGCAAUCACAAGUUGAUAGAUUUCAAAGUAAUCCAAAGCAAAUCUGUGAUGAAAGAUCAGAGUCAUGCUCUGUCACUGAUGAUGUGGAUAAAGCUUGCUUAAGUGAUUCAGGAUCAGUCCCAGUUUCUGACGGCACUGCAGUUCAGCUUGCAGAAGAUGGAGUUGAAAUUCAUUCAAUUGGUGAUGUAGAGUGGGCCAGUUUCCGGUCAUCCAAUGCAAGAAUAGCUGAUGUCCGGGAAAUCUCCCCUGAAAAUGAAGAAAGCAGCUUGGACAUAACUGUCGUGAGUUCGACAGCAGAUGGCCCAUAGCUCGGACAAAGUAAUCUCGGUGGUGUCGUUUGUUUUGCAUUAUUUCUUAUAGAAAAUUUAUUGUUAUCAUUUAUAAUCUGGUCAAUGUAACGCGCGUUAUUAUAUAGCAAGAUUUGCUUAUGUGUGGUGUUCAUGUCAGAAUUUGAAUUUUAAUGUUUUGAUUUGCCUGUUGAGGGAUUAAAAAGGAUAGUGAACUUGAUUUACUUGCAAUGGAUAGUGCUUUUCCUUCCA